AUGCGCACCAGCAUCAGCAGCCAUGCCAGCACCUCCACAUCACAGACUGCUGUUGCCACUUUGGAAUCAUUGCAAGUCUCUUCUUUGAACGAAUUAUCAUUGGAAUCAAGAGACGAUGGAGGAAAGAAAACAAGAGGAAGUGGAUCAGCCGCCAAACGAUCCUCCUCUGCUUUAUUGGGAAGGUCGUCUUCUGUCGCCAGUCUAUCGGCCAACAACAACAACAACAAACGCAACAAUAAUUUUUGCAUUGAACGCAUCACUCUCUUCUUUGGGACCUUUAUCGUCUUUUGCAAUUUUCAAGCCAGCGAAAUGCUACACGAUACUAUGUUGAACAGCAAGAUUCAAACCAUGCGAUUUGUCACUUCAUCAUCGUCAUCAUCAUCGUCGUUAUCGUUGCCAUUAUCAUUGUCGAAAGUAUCAUCACGGGAUGGUAGUAGUAGUACUACAUCAUCAUCCUUACAUCCACAAGAAACGUAUACAAAUAUACCACAAAUGACACAAGAACGAAUACAAUGGCUCAAGGGACCAGAUGGACCCAAAUACAAUGUGUUGGUGACGGGAGCGGCGGGCUUUGUGGGCAUGCAUACCGCUUUGGAAUUGAAACAAAUGGGCAUGACCCCCAUUGGAUACGACAAUGUCAAUCCCUACUACUCGACCCAACUCAAGGAUUUGAGAAUACAAGAAUUGGAAAAACGCGAUAUACCAUUUGUCAAGGGAGACGUUUGCGAUCGAGAAACUCUGACAAACACGAUAAAGGCCCACAACAUUACCAGAGUCAUACAUUUGGCGGCCCAAGCUGGAGUGCGAUAUAGUCUCAAACAUCCAUUGGAAUAUACACACAACAAUGUCGACUGCUUUGUACAUUUGAUGGAAACCAUGGUGGCCCUCGGUCUAACCAAAGAGCCAUUGGUAUUUGCAUCUUCUUCUUCGGUAUAUGGCAACAAUGUCAAAAUUCCAUUCCAAGAGUCGGAUCGACUCGAGGAUCCCGCAUCCCUCUAUGCUGCCACCAAACGAUCUGACGAACUCUUGGCCCAAACCUAUUUCAAUCUAUACAAACUCAAUAGCAUUGGGUUGCGAUUCUUCACCGUCUAUGGUCCCUAUGGUCGUCCCGACAUGGCACCCUGGAUCUUUACCGACAAGAUUUCCAAUCAACAAACCAUUCGAGUCUUUAAUCACGGACAAUCCAAACGAGAUUUUACCUUUGUCGGUGAUAUUGUCCAAGGAGUUGUGAAUUCUCUCUUUGUGGAUACCCACCAACCCGAACUGGUGAAUUUGGGAAAUGGGCAACCCGUCUUGCUCCAGGAUUUUGUCGAAUUAGUGGAAGAACAAGUCAAUGCCAAGGCUGUCAUUGAUUCCGUGGGCAUGCAACAGGGUGAUGUCCCAGUUACCUAUGCCGACAUAACAAAGGCGAGGCAUCUACUAGGUUACAAUCCAAACACGACGAUUGAAGAGGGGAUUCAACAAUUUGUCUCGUGGUUUCGAGAACAUGAUGCAUCGCAAUAUCGAAUGACUACUCAGUAG